AUGGCCGCUGCAGUGUCUCCUCAGACGAGGCCUCGGGAAGAUCAGACGCCCAAGAAGUCACCCACCGAGCCCAAUGUCCUGAACGUCGUCUUGGGCAACCUCCAGAUCAAGCCAUGGUAUCCCUCAUUCUACCCCGAAGACCUUGUCGGCAGGAAGGCUGAGCGCCUCUACGUCUGCGAAUGCUGUUUCCGAUACUCCAAGGAGCUCAUGCCAUACCUAGCGCACAGAAGAGUCUGUCCACUGAAAGAUUCACCACCGCCGGGAACACUGAUAUACCAGACGGCCGACCAAUCAAUCUACGAGGUUGAUGGAGAAGAGCACAAGCUGUAUUCGCAAAACCUCUCGUUGUUCGCCAAGCUGUUCCUCGACACCAAAUCCGUCUUUUACGAUGUCACCACAUUUCGAUACUACCUUCUUGUGCUCACAGAUCCGCAGACGACUGACAGACAAGUCGUGGGGUUCUUUAGCAAGGAAAAGAUGAGCUGGGACAACAACAAUGUGGCCUGCAUUCUGGUCUUUCCACCAUGGCAGAAACGCGGAUUGGGUCAAUUGCUCAUGGGCGUAAGCUAUGAACUCAGUCGCAGAGAAGGCAGACUUGGUGGUCCUGAGAAACCCCUAUCGAGUCUCGGAAGAAAGGCUUAUCUGGCAUACUGGUCAGACUCGAUCUGUCGGACCAUCUUGUCAAAUCCUUCAAAUCGAUCCUGGACUGUUGACCAGAUCGUCCAGCAAACUUGGAUAGCUCCCGAGGAUGUGGUCAUGACCCUGAGCGAAACGGCCAUGAUCAUGCCGAACAAAUUGCCCGAUGGAUCAGUGAUGUUGGUCAGGGGCAAGAUCGAAACUUGGGUUCGGGCACACGAGACGGCGGCGGCGACGCCAGCCAUCGACAGGACCGCUUUCACACAGAAUUUCCGUGAUCAAAAACACGAGCUCGAAGCCAAGAGAUGA